UUAUAUUUCAGUUAGAAAUCGUGAACGGAAAAGACAUAACGGCGACUAGAGAAGCUUUGAAUGGCAGCAAAAGGGCGCAAAAAUAGCUCUUUUGAUGUGCGGUAAUUGGAUUGAGCGGAAUAUAGUGUGGAGUUUAAAUUAUAUUUUUAUCCUAUGUAAUAUUAUAUUUUGUGUUUUAGAUAAGUAUGCCUUUUCCAAAAACGUGAAUAUGAGAAAUGUGUUCGGUGCACUUUGUUUUAGAGUUAAGCAGGUUCUUACUACUCUCAUUUAAAGUUGGUGAAAACACAAUUAUGAAAAAUAUUCGUGACUAACAAUUUAAAAAGGUGUUUAAUUAAUUGAACCGUAAAAGAGGAUACUAUAAUUCGCCUCCAGUUCACCUGGAAUAUAUGAAUGCCCUACAAAUGAAUUUCUAUUUUCAUCAAUGAAAUAUCAACACAGCAUACAACAAAACUUUUCAAUUACUCGCUAUCGACAACCAUAAUUCAAAUGACUCCGGUGAAUCAAGUAUAAACUUAUGAAUUCCUAAAAUUGCAGUGAAAUUUAGUGACACAUAGCAUGAUAACUGACAGAAUUGUAGUUUUCAAAGCAGAUAGAAUUAUGUUCCAUCGCAAAUUUAUUUUCAAGUUAGUUUAAUACAUUAUAGUGGAAUUUGAUAUUUAAAAGAAAGUAGCAUGAAAGCAACUAUAACUAUAAGCCUACUGUUCUUCCUGCUUAAUAUGAAUUUCACGUCAACAAUGUCGCAGCAACGUAACUCAUCUUUGGACUAUGAAACUGAUGAAGGAUACGAAAAAAACCAACGACCCACCUUACAGACCAACGUAUCCAUCGGGCUUUAUAUUAACAGGAUAUCAGCGGUAGAUGAAAACAAGGAAGAAAUAUCGUUUGAUGUAUUCCUCCAAGUGAUAUGGGAAGAUCGACGAAUACGGCCGCGAAUAGAUGAGAAUCGCACGACUACAAAGUACGUUGAGCUUAAAAUUGACGAGAGACAUAAAAUCUGGGUACCUGAUCUUUACAUUAGACAACUUCGUGAAAUGAAAGUCCUUAGUCUAUUUGAAGAAAUUUCGAGUCUUCGUUUGUAUAAAAAUAGUACGGUUGCUCUUAGUAUAGGUGCUACAAUAAUUAUAAAAUGUGAUAUGGACUUCGUACUGUAUCCGUUAGAUGUACAAAAAUGUCCAGUAGAUUUUAGUAGUUAUAAGUAUUCCAAAAAAGAUAUGAUUUUCAACUGGAAACAAGGAAAUCCGAUAUCAUACCCCAAUGACUUCGGUGACGGGUUCUUCCGGCUACCUAAAUACGUAGUUUCAUUCGCAACCAAACCGGAACCUCAUAUCGUCAAUUAUAGAGAUUCGGAUCACGCCUCAGCCAGACUGGAAAUAACAUUGUCACGUGAAGUCAAAAGCUAUCUCCUGGAGAAUUAUUUGCCUUCCACAUUGUUCGUCUCAAUGUCAUGGGGCAGCUUCGUAGUGGUGCCUGAGGUCGUCCCAGGACGUAUGGUGCUCCUCGUGACCACCCUCCUGUCGCUGAUUACAAUGUUCGACACGGUCCGCAAUAAUUCUCCGGAUGCACUCGAGCUAAAGUGCAUUGAGGUGUGGCUAAUAUCCUGUACGAUAUUUGUAUUUCUAGCGCUAAUGGAAUACUUUAUUGUGCUUUUUGGUAUUCGUUACGAUAAACACUGGCGCAGCGCGAAACGGAGGAUUUCGUCGUUAUCACCACCGCCGACAAUCAAUUUAGCCGCCAGCGGUAUGAGCUCUGAGACGCCAACGGAAUCAACUUCGUUACGUCUAUUUUGCGAUUAUGAUAAUCAUCAGGUGACGGUUGUUCAAACACAAAGAAAGAACGGUGUUGAGCAUGGAGCUCGCGUUUUCAACUUCAACAAAGUUAAUCCGGAAAACUCGCCCAAAGCGCUUCAGUCUGACAUGAAACAGGAUCCAAACCGAUUACAGGUGCCGCCACUACAAUCACCUGACGAUUCGGGUGAUGAGCGAACGCCAACAUCAUCAAUGCACCGGAAAAGGUUCCGCAACGUAGCCGAGUACGCCCUACUCUAUGCCGGAUCACAGCGUGGAAAACUUGACCAAAUAUCACUCAUAGUUUUCCCAUUAACCUUUUUUAUAUUCGCCGUUGUAUAUUGGAUCCUAUAUUUAAGCGAAUCACGGAAGAAAAUAUGAUACAAUGCAUUAGAAAGUUGGUAUGAAAUUCUUUUUAUCUCUAGAUUCUAAGUAGUUUUUAGGCUAUAUUAACUCUUCAUCAAAACCAAAAGUGUCUUCUGCUGAAAAUACGGUAGCUUAUAUAGUGAUCCUUCCAGAACAUAUCACGUCCAAUCAAAAUACAAUUCAGAGAAAUUCUAAGUGAUAACAGACCAAGUCAAUAGAAAAUAUGCAUAUUUUGGCAAACUAGUGCACUUCAAGGCAAUUGGUAAAAAUAUACAAAUGCCUGUAUAUAUCAUAUAUUUUUUAUCCAAUGCGAACGUGCAAUUGAGUUCCAAACUCAACGCCUUAGUUUCUUGUUUGAAACGGGAGAUCCCCAAGCGCAUCUUAAUAAUAGUAAUAAGACAAGAAAUCAAUACAAAUAGUUUUACGAUCAUGCCACGUUUCAGUUUGUAUUAAAAACUCAAUUCAGCAGGCCAGCAUUUUUUUUUUGUUUCCACAAUAAUAUUGGGUUGGAGGAAAAGUAAUAUCGUAUUUGUGGUCGAAAUUUGGCGCUUUAUUUAACAUAUUUAGAAUUAUCCGAUUUAAGUCAAAUAUGCGCCGUUUUGUUUGCAAAUUUGUUGCCAUUUAGAAGGCAACUUCGUUAUCCCCCCCCCCCUUCUUAUUUGCAAAAAACUCAGACAGCCAGUUUUCGCAAGCCUCUUUUGAGGCCAACUUAGUAGGACCAAGAGUGUUUUGCAUGGCCCGGAAGCGAUCGUAAUCACUUGGCCCGGACUGUACGAUGGGUGCGAUAGGGCAUCCCAUCCGAGCUCCCGUAGCUUCUGGCAGGUCAUCAAAGAUGUGUGAGCCCGAGCGUUGUCCUGGUGAACACAACACCAUUCCUAUUGACCAAUUCUGGCCGCUUCUGGUCAAUCG